UAAAACAGGAUGCAAGUGUCGAUAUGCUGUGUUCACAGCUAAGAGCUCCUCCGGUGGCUCUGAGUUUGUGCCACGGUCACAUUUACUGCAGCUUUUUGUAUCGCUACCCCGGCUCACAUAUGAGUGAGGAGAAAGCAGAAAGAGCAGUGAGGACGAAAUGAGUAAAAGAAAGAAGAGUGAAAGAGGAGGACAGCUUCAGGACUGAGGGGCGACUUAGGCACCAAAUGUGUCUCCAGAGGCAGAAAUGUUUGUGAAACAGGAAGACCUUUUAUUUACUUAAAUGCUGCAGACGAGGUAUUGUUCACUUCAGACCUCAGUUUAAAUGGAGUUCAGGAGGACAUGCAUCUUCAUCUUCACCCUAGGAGCAUUGAUGAUCUUCAUCUAUAUCAAGUGGGACUGGAACUUGGUAUGGCGGUUAAUUCCAGAACCAGCAUUGUCAUCAGCAGCAGCAGAACCACAAUGGGAGGAUCCUGGACCGUAUCACGUGGCCUAUCCCCGAAACUACAAAUUCAUCAUGGACGACACGCCCACGUGUCACACCAAGACUCCGUUCCUGGUCCUGAUGGUUCAUGUUGCAACCAGUGACGUUGCAGCUCGGGACACCAUCCGGAGGACGUGGGGGAGUGAGAAACUGGUUCUGGGUCAGCUGGUGGAGACGCUCUUCAUACUGGGCCUACCUGGGGGAGCUGAUGCUGAGCAGCAGCAGGAGAAGCUCAAACAGGAGAACCUGCAGCACCAUGACCUGAUCCAGAGCAACUUCCAGGACAGCUACCACAAUCUGACCAUCAAGACCAUGAUGAUGCUGGAGUGGCUGGCGGCGCACUGCGUCGAGGCCUCCUAUGUCAUGAAGAUCGACUCCGAUAUGUUACUGCAUGUCACCAAUGUGGUUAAACUGCUGCUGGAUGCCAGCAGGGCCAAACAGAACUACAUGACAGGUUUGGUGUGGUGGCACAGCCCGGUUUUAAGAAACCCAUUCAACAAGUUUUACAUGCCGGGAAAGGUGAUAGCUGACCCAGAGUACCCCCCAUAUCCUCUGGGCAUGGCCUACGUCAUGUCCCUGGACCUGCCUGCCAAGAUCCUGUCUGUCUCUCCUCAGAUCAGACCCAUCUUCAUUGAAGACGCCUACCUGGGGAUGUGCCUGAAGCGCCUGGGCAUCUCCCCCACCGACCCUCCUGAAGAGACGAUGUUCAUAGUCGACCCCAAGCAUCCUCUGAGCAGCUGCAGCCUUUCUAAAGUCGUCGCCGUGACAACGACAAGCAUCCCACAGAUGACGAGUUACUGGGAGAGGAGCAGACAGCCAGACGCUAAGUGUUGAACCUUUGUUAGGUUAACCGACCCUGAGUUCAGACCUCUGGUGUUGGGGGUGACCGCUCUCUGAACCGGACUCGCAGACAACAGG